AUGUUUCAGCGCCAAACUGAGGAACUCUUUGGCGCCUGUUGGCUGACCUCAGCUCCACAUUGUCGUUAUACCGGAUGAGGAAACAUUCGCGGGAGGAGCUCUGAGAAUCAACGUGGAGCCUCAUCACGUCGCUGAGACUCUUUAUUUUCCUUUAAUCCGUCACAGUGCAGAUGUUCAUGAACUCAGAUAAGAGAACGAACCAACAAACAGCGUCGAGGUCACAGCAGAUAGCAUCACUCUGUAAAUAUUGAAACAGCGCUGAGGAACCUCAUUAUUCAUCCAGCUAACCUCCAGCUAACCUUCAACAAACCUUCAACAAACCUCCAUCCGACCUUCAGGCUUCAGGUCCCGUCAGGGUUUGAUUUGUGGCUUUAAACUGUAUGAACCUGCUGAAGUAUAAAAGCUGAGCGUGGCUGAGUCGGAUUCACUCUGAACGAGCCCGGCGAAGUGUCACCAUGACGACGAGGAUGAAGACGACGAAGACGACGACGAUGAUGAUGAUGAUGAUGGUGGUUUGCGUAUCUGCUGCUUCGCUCGGUGGCUCCAGACGAGAUGACAUGAAGGUUGAAGGUUCUCACCUAGAGAACCCAGAGAACGUCUCCACCAGCCUUAAGUCUCAUCAGGACGUCAACGAAACUCUAGAUGUCUCCACAAGACUCAACUCUCAUCAGGACAUCAACGAAACCCUGGACAACUCAACAAGAAUCACCAUUAAUCAGGACGUCAACAGAACUGUGGACGACUCCACACGAUACGCGAUGUCGAACUUGCCAAUAAAUGAAACUUCGAUCACACCGUUAAUGUUCGUUUUUCCGCUGGACGACCUGAAACCCUCUCAGGACUCCGUGUUCGGUGAUUGUCCACUGUCCACCUGUCUGACGCAGAACCUCGGCUCCUCCCUCCAGCGUGGCGACGAGACAGCGGGUCGAGAUGCCAGCGACCCACUGGGAUUUGGAAAGAAAUGAAAGGAAGCAGCUGUUAGACCUUCAUCGUCUCUGCAGCAGAUUCUGAUGUUUCCACCUGUUCAUCAUCAUCACCAUCACCUGAGCCGGUCGUCUCCUCCUGAAACCGAUCAAAUUAAGUUAUUAACAUCCUGAGAAGAUCACACACACUUGAGAAAGUGCAGCAAGAAGAAACAAAAAAUUAAUAUUACAAGAACCUGUGAUUGUAAAAAAAACAAAAACAAACAACAACUGAGUUAAAUGUUUCCUGCAGUUCCCAGCAUGCACUUCAGCAGGAAGCACCCAAUCACAGAGCUUAAAGGUUUUAUCACAUUGGAAGUUUUUAUUAACCGCCGAACUUAUUCUGUUCCUGUCUGAUGAAUUCACUGGAGGUCAAAACGUCAAUGUAUAGUCACAUGACCCAGCAGAAUCACGUGACCCAGCAGAGUCACGUGACCCAGCAGAAUCACGUGACCCAGCAGAGUCAUGUGACCCAGCAGAGUCACGUGACCCAGCAGAGUCACGUGACCCAGCAGAAUCACGUGACCAGGACUGUGUUUGAUCACGGAGUUGUUUGUACUCAGUUAAAAUCAGCUAAAACAUGAUUCUCCUACUACUGUUACUAUCUUUGUGAUGUUGUGUUCCACAUCUCGUCCUUUGUCUUUUUGUUUUCGUGUCUCAGUAUCAUGUAGUCAUACUCAACCUGAAAUUAAAGACAGAUUUCUGGAUGUCUGGAUCAGCUGUUGGGAUCCAGUUUGGUUUCUGGAACUUCCCUCCCCACUGGUUUCUCCGUAAUAUGAUCCUAAAUGCUGUGAGGUGACUGAUGUUGUCCAAAUCUGAAUAAAAACAUGAAUCAA